CCCUGUUCGCCUACAAGGCCACUUGUCACAAUCGUGCGUCGAUCACGUUCACCACUCUCGAUGCCUUUGGUUACGAGUUCCAAUCGCACAUAUCAUGAACAUACAGCUGCUCAGGGCUUGACCUUUGGAUUGGUCAUAGAGCGCGUGUACACCGUUUAGCGCUACAUAGUCCACCUUUUAGAUCGAUCGUACUGCAAAGAGCCCUCGCAUUAGAGGCGUCGCAAAGAUGGCAGCGCCACUGUAUACGACCGACUCGGGUCAACUUUGGCAUGCCGGCAAGAUCCUCGUCGCAACGGUGGGAUUGCCAGCUCGCGGAAAGACUCACCUGUCUCACGCUCUUGAGCGCUACCUCCGCUGGCUUGGCGUCAAAACGCGCGUUUUCUCCCUUGGCGACUAUAGACGUAAGGUUCUAGGCAGACCGGGCGACUUGCCGUCCGACUACUUUAGCGUAGGCGAAAAGUCGGCCGAGACGGAGGCUCUGCGACUAAAAAUUCUCGAGGGCUUCGAUGAGACCGUCAUGCAAUUCUUCGACGAGGAAGGCGGUCAGGUGGUGAUUUACGAUGCCAACAAUGGCCAGCAGAAAGGCCGGUACGCGUUGCGAGAGCGAUUUGGAAAGAAGGAGACGACGACCGGUGCCAAGAUCUCUAUCAUGUUUCUCGAACCCAUCUGCAAUGACCCUGCCAUCAUCGAAGCAAACGUGCGCGCCGUCAAGAUCUCCUCACCCGAUUAUUUCGGCUGGGACCAGGAGAAAGCAGUGCAGGACUUCUACAAGCGGAUCGAGGACCAUGAAAAAGAGUAUGAGACGAUCGAGAACCCCAGUUUCCCUUACAUUAAGCUCAUCAAUGUCGGCCAGCGGAUCGUCGUCAACAACAUCCAGGGCUACCUGCAGUCGCGUAUCUGCUUCUUCCUCAUGAACGUGCACAACCGCGGGCGGACUAUCUACCUUGUGCGCGCGGGCGAAGCGCUGGUUGAGCACCUGUACAAGGCCGACGCGGACCUGAGCAGCUUAGGAUGGGACUACGCAGAGGAACUUACGAAUUUCGCUUCGGCGCUGCGGCGUAAUGCGGCCGAGUCCGCGAUCGAGCGCGCAGCUGGUGGCGAUAUCACGCCUGGCGGCCAUGUGCCUGGACACGGGCCUGGAGAGGAAGGGCGCAUCUUGGAAGUGUGGACCAGCCCGAGGAAACGCGCAGCGCACACGUGCGCGUUCUUUGCAGAGAGGGGAUACAAAGUCGUCGAGCGCAGUCAGCUCAGCGAGCUCAAUCCUGGUGUCGUAGAUGGCAUGACGGCUGAGGAGAUCAAGCAGCGCUAUCCGGAUGAAUGGGAGAAGAAAUUUCAAGAGCCCUACUCCCACCGCUUCCCACGCGCGGAGAGCUACCACGACCUGUCCGUGCGCAUUGAGCCGGUGAUCUUUGAGCUGGAGCGCGCGACGAACGACAUCCUGAUCGUCGCGCAGUCGUCCGUGCUGCGCUGCUUGCUCGCGUACCUGCAGGGCCUCAAGCCGCACGAGAUACCGUACAUCGAGGUGCACGAGGGCGAACUGAUCGAGUGCAGCCCGACUGCGUAUGGGGUCAAGACCACGCGCCAUCGCUUCUGGGAUCCAGAGGCCAAGCGCAGCGAGCGCGAUGAGAUCUUUUUUCGCCAGCAGAGGCUCGGGAACACGUUCUACGAUGACGAUGAAGAUGACGAGGAUGACGACGAGGAUGAUGAUGGUAGUGCGACGCGCAACGCAGCAGCGGCGAGGAAGGAAGACAGGGAUGCUAUCACAGCCGCCAAAGAGGGUCAUCUGGAGGUUGGUGUCGACCAUGCCGGCGUACCCAUUCAGCAGCUCAUCAACACCUUCAAGUCCACCAAGCUCAACGCGAAUGCAUGCACGCAGGGCGCGCCGCGCUGAUGGCUGUGGCGCAGCUUUAUUAGAUUCACAAUCUGUUGUAGUGUAGCGAAGCAGCGCUAAGGUGCAGCUUUGAAGUAGCUUUGCAAUGUCUAAUGUACAACAAGCACGC